AUGGAAACAAAGUUCUCAAACGUAUUAUUAACGAUUAUACUUUAUCUUUUUCAAAUCGAUAUUUGUUCGAUUAUGGCCAAUGAUCCUUCCGAUUUUCGAUUUGUCUCGUACAAUGACAGACUAAAUCAACAAUUCAAUACACAUACAUUUUUAUAAAUGUUACGAAAUGUUCAAAUUUAUCAAGAAAAUGAUGAUAGCAGUUUUGAUGCAAUCACAAUUGAUUCACACAGAGAUCAAAUUAUAAUUGGAGCAAAAAAUUCAAUAAUUCGUUUAUCUAUUGAUAAUUUUCAUUUAUUGGAAAAAUUUAAAUGGGAAUCAUCAACAAAUGAAAUAAAUAUUUGUCGAAGUCAAAUUCAAUCAUUUAAUCAAUGUGAAAAUUAUAUUCGUGUAUUAGCACUACGAUCACAUGAUCAAUUAUUAUUAACAUGUGGUACUAAUUCUUAUCGUCCAAUUUGUAUGUGGCGUCGUCCAGAUUCUUUAUCAACAAUAAUUCCAAAUGAAAAUUUUAUUUCUGGUGAUGGAAAAUCUCCUUAUAAUAGUUAUUUUCCAUCAACAUACGAUUUAAUCGAUACUGGUGAAUUAUAUUCAGCAACAAGUAAUGAACCUGUAUUUGGUAUAAAUGAUCCAUUAAUACAAAGAAGUUUUAGUCAAGGAAAACAAUUACGAACACAACAACAUGAUUCAAAUUGGUUAAGAAAUCCAUAUUUUGUUCGUAUAUUAAAUAUUGGUUCAUAUGUUUAUACUUUUUUUCGUGAAGUUGCUCUUGAACAUUUAUCAUGUGGAACGACUGUUUAUUCUCGUGUUGCUCGUAUAUGUAAAUAUGAUGAUGGUACAAUGAAAUUUAGUGAUACAUUUCGUUCAUUUUCAAAAUUACGUUUAUCAUGUUCAAAAAAAAUUCAUAAUGAUAUUAGUUCAUUUGAUUAUAAUGAAUUACAAUCGAUUUUUUUUGAUAGGAAAUCAAAUUUCAUUUAUGGAGCUUUUAAUUUACCAAAAAGUGGUUUAUCAGGAUCAGCUAUUUGUAUAUAUAAAGUUGAUGAAUUACAACGUGUAUUUACAUCAGCAUAUUUAACACAAAAAUCCAAUGAAUCAUAUUGGUUACCAUCAACAUCAAAACAAGAAACAGAAAAAUGUGAACCAAAUCAAUCAAAUGAAAAUCAAAUAUCAUCAGGACCAGUUCUUCGAUCAGGUGUACUUCAUUCAUCAUAUGAACCACUUAUAUUAGAUAAUAUUCGUAUUGGACAUUUAUUAAUUAAUUAUUUUAAUGAUGUUACAAUUUUAUUUGUUAUUACUUUUGACAGUUUAAUAUUAAGAAAAUAUUCAUUAAUCAAUAAUCAAUUAUGUUUAAUUGAACAUAUACAAUUAAAACCAAUAGAUAUUCCAGAAAAUCAAUGGAAAAUUAAUAAAGCAGAAUUUAUCUCAGAAACAUUUGAAACAAUGGGUGCAUAUGCAUUAAUUGGUGAAUCAAUAAUAAAUAAUCAUGCAUCAAAAUAUCUUCAAAUGGCUUGUUUUUAUAAUCAAUCAACAUUACGUCUUCGAUUUUUNUUGUAUUCCACCACCACAUUUGAUGGUGGUUGGACAUCGUGGUCAUCAUCAUUUACAUGCGAACAAGUAACAGGUGAAAAAUGUCAAUGUCGUACAAGAACAUGUACACAACCAACACCACAAUUCGGUGGCCGAUUAUGUCAAGGACCAAAUGUUGAAAUAACUCGCUGUGAAGUUCAUGGUGGUUGGUCACCAUGGAGUGACUGGAGUAUAUGUCCAAAAACAUGUGGAAAAUCAUUUCGAUCAAGAACACGAACAUGUACAAAUCCUGAACCAAAAAAUAACGGUCGUUUAUGUAUUGGAACUGAACGUGAAGAAGAAUUAUGUCCGGAAAUAGUUUGUUCCGGUCAAUCAUUACGUUUAAGUUCUUGGACUGAUUGGGAUUCAUGUUCAAAGACAUGUGGUGGUGGAAUACAAAAACGAAGAAGAACUUGUUUGAUUAAAGAAGAUAAAUGUUCCGAAUGUUUAGAGGAAACACGUGUAUGCAAUGAAUCACCUUGUCCAAUUCAACAAGUAACAUUAUGGAGUGAUUGGACACCUAUAAUAAAUCCAAAGAAAGAUGGUCUUAUAACUGAAAAACGUACACGUUUUCAAUGUACAAUUGGUUCAUCAUCUGGUCAACAAUUACCAGAAAUAAAAUCAGAUACAGUUAUGUAUCGAGUGUGUAAUAAUCAAGGAGGAAUUGAUUGUCAAGAAACAGAUUCAUUAGAUAAUUUAAGCUUCGAUGAUUGGUCACCAUGGUCCGAUUGGAGUGAUUGUUAUCCAGGUUGCGAUAUAUCUGGUUCAGUUGAAACUCGUCGUCGUACAUGUUUAGGAAGACGUUGUUUAGGACAUGAUAUUGAAAAACGUGAAUGUUUAACAUGUACACCAUCAAAAUCAAGUAAUUGGUCAUGUUGGACAGAUUGGUCUGAAUGUUCAUUAUGUACAUCAUCUCGAUUACGUUCAAUAAAAUAUCGAACCCGUACAUGUCUUACAAAUUCUUGUCAAGGUGAAACACGUGAAGAACGUUUAUGUUCAACAUGUCCAUUAUUAUUAAAAUCAUUUCCAUUAAUUGAUUCAAUUAAUGAAAAUCGUUUUACAUUAGUACAUAUAAUACUUGUUUGUUUAAUAUCAUUUUUAUUUGGUUGUCUUUUAAUGAUUUGUAUAAUAAUUUUAUGUCGUUAUUGUCGUCGUCGUCGUCAUUCUCAUUAUAGACAUAGACAAACAUCAAAUACAUUUCUUCAUACAGAUGAUAGAGAUUAUUUUCAAGCAUCAACAUCAAAUUCAUCAUCAAGUCCACAUACAGCACAAGAUUCUGAUACAUUUACAACAUUAUCAAAUACAAAUAAUAAUAAUACAAAUAAAUUUCGAAGUUUUGAUUCAUCAUCAUCAUCAACAAAUGGUGGUGUUAGUGCUUAUCUUAAAGAUAUUCCAUCAAGAAAAUUAAAUAUGUAUAUUAAUCCAAGAGAAAUGCCACCAUUACCACCAGCAGCAACAUUAAAACGUACAUCAAUAAUGUCAUCAAUGAAAACAAAUCUUGAUGCCGAUGAUCUUUAA